UCAUCCGAAACCAUAAAAAGGAAAAAAAAGAAAAAAAAGCCGAUAGCCCUUUUCCAUUAAUAUAUAUAUGUAUAUAUAUGUAUAUAUAUGUUUAUAGAUAAAUGUACGUAUGCAUAAUUACUCUCUCUCCCCAGUUAAAUACCCUCACAGCUCCCAGACCUGAGCAGAAACCCUGAAACUCCCACUUGGCUUCUCCUUCUCUCUUCGAGGCUUAUCGUGUUCUGUACUCUCUGUGUGACGAGGAAGAUAGUGGAAGGAGGAGGAGGAGGAGGAGGAGGAGGAAGAGGAGGAGGAUGAGGAUGAGUUGCAACGGAUGCAGAGUGCUGCGGAAGGGCUGCGGCGACGACUGCAGCAUCCGGCCUUGCCUGCAGUGGAUCAAGUCGCCCGACUCCCAAGCCCACGCCACCGUCUUCCUCGCCAAGUUCUACGGCCGCGCCGGCCUCAUGAACCUCAUCAACGCCGGCCCCGAACACCUCCGCCCCGCGAUUUUCCGAUCCUUGCUAUACGAGGCCUGCGGCCGGAUCCUGAACCCGAUUCACGGGUCGGUCGGGCUGCUCUGGGACGGGAGCUGGCAGCUCUGCCACGCCGCCAUGGAAGCCGUCCUCAGCGGCGUGCCGAUCACGCCGAUCGCCUCGGCCGCUCCCUCCGAGGCCGCCGCCCCGCCCCUGAAGGCCUACGACAUCCGGCAUAUCCCGAGGCAGGAGAACCCCGCCGCCGCGGCGGCGAUGAUGGCGGCCGCCGGCGAGGCCAACAGGGCGAGGCCGAUCCGGUCCGGUCGGUUCAAGCGGCCCGGAGCCCGGACGAAGGCUCAACGGCACCCGGCGCCGCCGCCCCCGGCGGUCGAGUGGUGUGACGAAGAGUCGAACCGGUCGCCGAGCCACGACUCGUCUUUGAGCCACCAGUCGGUGCUGGGGGCCGCGAACGCGGGGGUCGGGUUCGGCGGCGGCGACAGCAAGGAGACGGAGAGCAACAGCAUGGUGUCGGCGGAGACCACGACGACGACAGUGGCCGAGCCCCCUCAGCCGCUCCAGCCCGAGCCGGAGCCGGAGUCGGCGGCUGCGGCGGGGGCGGCCGAGCGGGAGGACGGAGCAUCCGCCGAGCCGGAGAGCGAAGUGGGGCUCGAGCUGACGCUAGGGUUCAAGCCGGCGUCACGUGAGGACCACGUGAUCCCGGUCAAGAAGAGGAGGUUCGAGCAGAGAGACGAAGCGUGCAGCAUGGAGCUGGGGCUUUGACUCGACUCCUAAGUUUUCCUUUUUCUUCCCUUCUUUUUAGGCCGACGGCUCUGAGAAUUCGGUAGAAGAGUUUUUCAUAUAUUUCUUUUUUCUCUUUUCACUUUUGGGUUUGGAUUCGGUAGAAGAGUUGCAGAACCCAUUUUCCUUCAUGGUUUUUGGCUAGUUUUCAGCCUUAGGAAUUUAGCAUAUUCAAUGUUUUCUUUGCGAAACGUACAGAGCGAAAUAUACCUUUCAUCCAAAACAAAUAUUGCUCUCGAA